AUGGCGUCGGAAAAGCCCGAAGAUGCGAUGAACAACACGGCCGGAACAGACGACGAGACUAUAGCUCAGCGGAGAAAGCGGCUCCGACGAGUGAGCUUCGCGGACCGGGAGAUUACUUCCGUCCACAUUUUCAAGCGUGACGAAGAUUACGAGACGCCGCCGAAUCCGCAAAACGGCGAACAAGCUGUCACAUCAGACUCUGAGGACAAAGUAAUUAGGUUUUUCGGUGAAUUAGCUGAUAGCGAAGACACGGGCGAUGGUGAAGACGACGACCCUGUGGAGAAGUUAUUCUUGAGACCCAGUCAUUCGCCUUCUUCAGGUGGUAGCACUAUUGGUUCUGCUACAAGUGAUGACGGGAACGAUUUCUUCGGACCUGUGUCUUCCCAUUUUAUCAACCCUGGGAGACUAUCAGACGCUACAUUCUCUGAAGAACACCAUGAUAUCACGAUGGACUCCACAGCGUUUUCAAUGCAUUUCCGGAGCCUUGCCAUGUCUGAGUCUGGAGAUUUGAGGACCCCCACGAGCAGCCAUGUUCCAGUAGAAGAUAAUACACCAACUCAGGUUACCGCAAGAUCUGAUACAGGGAGUGCGAUGGUGUUAACAUACCCUAAGAAGCUGUUUCCGAAAUCCCCUCUACCGGUUGUUAACAAAGUAAGUGGUGGUGGUGGUGGUGAAGACUCGAAUGACAUGAGUCUUGUAGGUCAAGAUUCUCGAAGAUAUGAUUACGGGCAUAUAACUCCUGCGUUAGCUGCUCUCUUGGGAGAUGAAAGCAAGGAACCCGUUCCUGCAUCUCCAGACAAUAGUGUUGAACCAAGAUCUCCACUGUAUGAAUUUUCUUUGUCCUCUCAAAAUGGAAGCUUUCCUGUGGGUAUAUAUAGCACUGAUGCUUCUCAAAUGCUGUCACCUUGUGGUUCUGGCAUUCACCCUCAAAUGGAGCUGCAGGAAUCAGGAAUGCCAAGUGCGUCUUUUGUUGGUAGAAUGCAGCAGUGUGUUACUCCUUCUCCUCAACAAGGUGGAAGCUUUUUGAGCAGGGAAACUCUCGCGCUCGUUGAGAGCUUGUCAACCAUCCAGAAAAGCAAAUCCAGACUUGGAUUGAUUCACCCUUCCCCUGCUUCUGCUCUUUCUCAGAGAAUUGAGAAAUCGAAGCUUCAAUUGUCCGAACGCCGUUCUCUUACUACCCCAUCAACUAUUGGCAGGGAAGAAACAGGCGUCCGUAAAGAUAUCCCCAUUACUAACUUGGACGAUUUGUUAUCUAAACAUGAUAACCCAACACCAGUGUCUGAAAAUCAAGGCGCACCUUAUCAACUUAGCUGUGGUGCAUUGAGCCCUGUUGUUGACAGUAGCGAUGUGUUUACAUGCAUAACUCCAGAAGGAAACACUAAUUCUAAGAUUGAGGGUUCACUCUUAAGAGAACAGGAAAGAAAUCAGACAGCCAGCACCCCUGAUAAGUUUGUGUCGUCUCUAGCAAAAUCCUCACAUGCGACUACCUCAGCUUUGAACAAUUGUGUUACUGACCGAGAGCAGCAAAGUAAAGCCGUCGGCAAUUCUGAGACUGAGGAUGGACAGGUAACCAAGGAUUCUGUUAGUAAUCAUUCCCUGAAUACGUUAUCCUACCAUAUGGAUUCCCUGCUUGUGGAGUCUUGUGUGUCACUCAGCGAGACAGGCUUCUUGAACGGCUCUGCUCAACAAAACGUGGAAGACAGCGUGACGAAGAAAAAUAGAAAAGGAACUAACAACGUCAGUGCUGCCCACUGUGAAACUGAGGUUAUCUUCACUGAAGACUGUCCUGUUGUUCUGACACAAGACCGUCCUGGUACAGCUGGCUCUUCACCUGUGGACAGAAGUAGGAAUGAGGCUUCACAUGCUAAGGGGCCAUCCAGAUUGAAAAGGAAAGCCAGAGAUGUUGAUCCUGCUGCCAAAAAUUGUAGCCCCAAAGUCAGGCAAAGCACACAGGAUAUUUCAAAUCCAGUGAUGGACCAACCUGAUGGAAACGAUGUUAACAACGGCCGUGUAGUUCGUGAACAAGUAAACUGGGUAGAAAUUCCAGGAAAGUUAUCAGUAGAAAUUAAUCAAAUGUUUGCACCAUUGGCCAAUAAGCUGAACUUAGGACAGGUAUGCAAGCUGGAAGAUAUAUCAACAUACUUGAAGAAGGCUCAUUUGUGUGAGAUGCUUUGUCUUCAAAUUAAAUCUCAGAAAGUAUGUGACGACUUGACUGAUGCUAAGACAAAGAGACGUGCUGACAGUAGAUCAUUACUCUGUAAGUUAGCAUAUGAAAAAGCCAAAAUUGAGUUGUUGCACCUCAAGCAAGAGAUAAUGAGGAAAAAGUGUCAAGUAGUUACCACUGGUGUACAAACAUCUGAAACACUGAGGUUGAAUUGUGCCAAGCUUUUACGUCAACAUGGUUUCUAUUCUACUGGCUUGUUAACUCCUGUGCAACCACAUGAGGCUACUUUUAGCAAAGAAGCUGAGAAAACACAGGAGAUCGAAGAAUUGGACUCAAAAAUCAAGACCUUGAUCAAGUGUUUUCCUACGUGCGACAAGAUAAUAGGAGAACCUGCAUAUACAGACGCUGUUAUGAUUGCUGAAGAUGAAUUGAAAAAGAAAAUGAGUUGCAGACUUAUACGUCAGGAUAUUCUGGUCUGGAAAGUUGACAGUUUAGGAGAAACGAAUGAUUGUCAGAGCAUAGUUCUUAAUUAUGGUGGCUUGAUUAACCAAAGGCUCACAUUAAAGCCUGGUCAUGCUUCAUGUGUAAUAAUUUCAAACGAUUUGAGUGAUGCGUUCAUCAAGCAAUUACCAGACAUGAAUGUUUCAACUGCGUUUAGCUCCUUGUUUAAUGCUGAAUACUCCCGGGAAUAUGUUGGUACCAGUACGUUGUUGGAGAUUACACAGAAAACUAGUCUGGUCGUACAUAAUCUGCUAAAUGUGGCUGAGGAAUUACAGUUAGCUAGAAUGGAGAUACCAAAUUUGGUCCAAGGACGAUUUGAAUCUCCAUCAGCGGAGCAGCUUUAUUUGCAAAUUAGCUUUGUUGAUUGCGAAAGCUUGAGAAAAGCAAUCGUAACUCUCGAUAUGACGUGCUUGACCCAUGGGAUGUAUCCGGCCGACAUAAUUCCUGGCGAAGUUACAGGCGCAAAAAGUGAUGGUGUUGCGUCGAAACAAUUGAUGAAAGAUAUAGAAUCUGCAGUGGAUGGUGUUGAAGUGGGAUAUCCUCGGAUACUGAGACUCUGUCGUUGCGUUUCCAAGUUGUUGCAAUCACAAAGCAGGAGAUGAUGAUCUCAUUUCGUAACGCUUCACAUAUUGCUGGUUUGUUUUGUAUAUAUACGGCAAAACGUUUGAAACCGAGUGGUGAGACAAUGUCAUUGCUAGCAAAGUCCACUAAGAUAUGCCUUUGUCCAGCAUAAUUUAUUAACAUUAAUUAAUUGCUACUGAACAACUCCUUUAACUAUUAGAUCAACUGCAAUGUAGGUGUAGGCCACUCUUAUCCCAUCAUCUUACCUUAAAUCUGUC